AUGGAAGGCACUCACUGCACCCUCCAAUUGCGUAAGCCCAUUACUGAAGUCUGCUACAUCAGCUUCUAUCUUCCAAGGGGGGAGGUCAGAGGAUUUUCAUACAAGGGCACUGUAACUCUAGACAGAUCUAAUAAAGGGUUUCAUAACUGCUACCAAGUCAGGGAGGGGUCAGACGUCAUCAACCUCAGCCUGCAGCCAAAUGAACAUCCAGGCGACAUAUUUUUCAAGCAAACUCCCACAAAAGACAUUUUAACUGAGCUGUACAAACUCACAGCAGAGAGGGAGAAACUUCUGGCCAAUCUGCUGAGCUCAGACCACAUCCUGGGGAUUACGAUGGGGAACCAGGAGGGGAAGCUGCCGGAGCUGUCCGUGAGCCUGGCCCUUGAGGACGACUGUUUCCAGAGUGCUGGUGACUGGCCAGGGGAGCCCCCCGUGGGCUGUCUCAAUAAGAGGAGUGCCCAUGGGAACAGAAAGCCUCGGAGGUUUGGUGGAAGGAGAGGGAGCUUUGAGGUGCUUCCACAGAAGAGGACAAGAAGAAAAGGGCAUGGGGGCCAGCAGUCGGCUCCUCAGAUGGAGAAGGACCAGAUCUGUUCCAGCAAAUCUCUUCCUCUUUCUCGAACAAGGCCUAAUCUUUGGCUUCUAGAGGAGAGAGGCAGCUCGUUCCCAAGUGGGGCAUUUAUUUCUUCCCUACAGUGGAGAGAGAGCUGCCCCCCAGAGCUCCCCAGGACACUGGAUACGAGCCGCAGCUUUGGGAGCUUCAGGGGGGCUUCUGAGGACCCCGGGCUUGGAAGAGGAGAGCCGCCCCCUCAGUGCAGCGCCACAGAGCCAGGAGAUGAUGAUGCUGGUGUGCCGGAGAGGGGCCCUCACAGGCUGGUGCACCCGCAGACAGGUUCAUCUGGAAGUCAUGAGGACUCUGAGAAGCAUCCAGAGGCAGAGAGGGGCCAAAGGGAGAAGUCUACUGAGCAUACAUGCAGGAAGAAGCCUAUUUCCAAAGUGGUGGCCAAAGUCCAGGAUCUGUCUACUCAGGUGCAAAGAGUAGUUAGAACGCAUCCCAAAGAUGAGGAAAGCAUUGCCAUUUGCCCGGCGGCCCGAGCUGAGUUUAUACCCGGAGCAGACUGGCUCACCCUCCCAGGAGCCGAGGCUGGGACUCAUGAGUCCAGGUGGCAGGGCCAGGAACAGCAAGGCGACAGGUCGUGGCAGCUGUUGGACAGGGAACGCAUGCCAGCCAGUGCCGAGGGGGCUGUGAACAAGGUCCUGCUGAAGGUGAUAGAGAGUGAGAAGUUAGAUGAAGCCACUGAGGGGAAAAGGCUGGGCUUCCCCCCAAGCACACCAGUCCCCCGCGCCCUCCCAGAAGCCAGAGGCAAGAGGAAGACCGGGCUGCCUCUGAGGGAUCACAAAACCUCGUUUCUGGAUCUGCCCCACAGCGGAGGCCUUGACCGGUCACAGCCCGGAGGCCAUGAGAAGAAGCCGUCCCCCCCAGCACCAGCAGCCCUCAGCAUGCUACUGAAUAAUUCAGCCUCCCAGUCCAGCACACACAGACGGAUGGCACCUGUUCCCUCGCCUCUCUCUCCAAGGCUCCCAGGCCCUGAGCAGCAUCACAGGGCCCUGCAGCUCCCUUCACUGCCUGGUGAGUGGGAAGUGGCUCCUGAUGACUCUCUUGGCCGAAAGAGCAGUACUUUCUCUGGGUCCCCUUCUGCUGACACCUUGGAGCCACCACCCUCUGCAAAGGUCACGGAGACCAAAGGAGCCAGCUCGACCUCCCUCGGAGCAGGCCAACCUCGGUCGGUGCCUGGGGAACCUUUGGAAAAGAGCCUGGGGCCCGGAAAGACUGCAGCUUGGCCCCAGUACCAGUCACCUCCAGGCAUCUCCUCCGAGAGCUUCCCCUGGGACUGUUUCAAUGAGCAGACAGCAGCUAAAGACCUUCCCAACAGGGAUGGAGGUGCAUGGUUCCUGGGCUAUCGAGCAGGACCAGCCUGUCCGUUUCUGCUCCAUGAGGAGAGAGAGAAGCCAAACAAAAGCGAACUGUACUUGGAUCUCCAUCCCGACCACAGCCCCACUGAGCAGGACGAUAGGACUCCGGGCAGACUCCAAGCUGUCUGGCCACCCCCAAAGACAAAAGACGCAGAAGAAAAAGUGGGAUUGAAGUACACCGAAGCAGAAUACCAAGCUGCUAUUUUACACUUGAAGAGGGAACACAAAGAAGAAAUUGAAAACCUACAGGCUCAGUUUGAACUCCAGGCAUUUCAUAUCCGGGGGGAGCACGCAGUGGUUACGGCAAGACUAGAAGAAACCAUUGAAACUCUCAAACGGGAGACAGAACACCGAUGGCGAGGAGGACGUGAAGAGAUGAGAGAUGUGUGUAUCUCCACUGACGAUGACUAUCCUCCAAAGACCUACAGAAAUGUGUGCAUCCAGACAGACAGAGAGACGUUUCUCAAACCCUGUGAAGGUGAAGGCAAGACAAUCAGAAGCAACCAGAUAAUACCCAAAAAGCUGAAUAUCUCCUCUCUAAGUCAGCUCUCUCCCCCAAAUGACAACAAAGACACCCAUGUAGCACUUCAGUCUGUGGAAGGCCUCUCACCAAGUCAGCAAAAGGCAUCGCCUCCCCCUCCUGCACCACCCCUCCCAGCAGCCACCCCUCCCCCUCCUCCUCCUCCCCUCCCACCUGGACUUGGACCUUCGCCACCAGUACCUCCACCACCACCUGUGAGUGCUGGACCGCCACCCCCUCCGCCCCCUCCUCUGCCUCCAAGUGCCGGGCCUCCUCCGCCUCCUCCUCCACCACCACUUCCCAAUUCUCCUGCUCUGCCCACCAGUGGGGGGCCUCCUCCUGCUCCACCACCUCCAGGACUUGCACCCCCACCUCCUCCUGGACUCUUCUUUGGAGUUGGCCCUUCUUCUAGCCAAUGUCCUCGGAAGCCAGCCGUUGAGCCGAGUUGCCCCAUGAAGCCUUUAUACUGGACUAGAAUACAAAUAAGUGAUAAAAGCCAAAAUGCUACACCAACCUUAUGGGAUUCCUUAGAAGAACCUGAUAUUCGGGAUACUAGUGAAUUUGAGUAUUUAUUCUCCAAAGACACAACUCAGCAGAAGAAAAAACCUCUGUCAGAGACCUAUGAGAAAAAGAACAAGGUCAAAAAGAUCAUCAAGUUAUUGGAUGGAAAACGAUCUCAAACUGUGGGAAUCUUGAUAUCUAGUUUGCAUUUAGAAAUGAAGGAUAUCCAACAGGCCAUUUUCAAUGUGGAUGACUCUGUGGUUGAUCUGGAGACUCUGGCAGCCUUAUAUGAAAAUAGAGCACAAGAGGAUGAACUGGUUAAAAUAAGGAAGUAUUACGAGACAUCCAAAGAAGAAGAAUUGAAGUUGCUGGAUAAACCUGAGCAAUUUUUACAUGAGUUAGCCCAGAUCCCGAAUUUUGCUGAACGGGCCCAGUGCAUAAUCUUCAGAUCUGUCUUUUUGGAGAGUAUCUCCUCCUUGCACCGAAAGGUAGAGAUCGUCACAAGAGCUUCUAAGGGCUUGCUGCACAUGAAGAGUGUGAAGGAUAUUUUAGCUCUCAUUCUGGCUUUUGGAAAUUAUAUGAAUGGAGGAAAUAGGACUCGGGGACAAGCAGAUGGAUAUAGCUUAGAAAUUUUGCCCAAACUCAAGGACGUCAAAAGUCGGGAUAAUGGGAUUAAUCUGGUUGACUAUGUCGUGAAAUAUUACCUGCGUUACUAUGAUCAGGAAGCAGGAACAGAAAAGAGUAUUUUCCCUCUGCCUGAACCACAAGAUUUCUUUCUGGCUUCCCAAGUCAAGUUUGAAGACCUCAUAAAAGAUUUGAGAAAACUGAAGAGACAACUAGAAGCAAGUGAGAAACAGAUGAUCGUGGUAUGCAAGGAGUCACCAAAGGAGUAUCUCCAGCCUUUCAAGGACAAACUAGAAGAGUUCUUCCAGAAAGCCAAAAAUGAGCAUAAAAUGGAAGAAAGUCACUUGGAGAAUGCACAGAAAAGUUUUGAAACAACAGUAGGAUAUUUUGGAAUGAAGCCAAAGUCCGGUGAGAAGGAAAUCACACCCAACUAUGUGUUUAUGGUAUGGUACGAAUUCUGCACUGACUUCAAGACCAUUUGGAAGCGGGAGAGUAAAACUAUAUCUAAAGAAAGAUUGAAAAUGGCUCAGGAAUCAGUCAGCAAGCUGACAUCAGAGAAGAAAGUGGAGACAAAGAAAAUCAAUCCCACGGCUAGUCUGAAAGAAAGACUGCGUCAGAAGGAAGCCAGCGUGACCACUAACUAA